CUUUUUUCCUACUUGUAAAGAAGCUUCCUGUGAGCCUCACAUAUCUCCCUCCUCAAAUAUCUUCCCACACAUAUCUGUUGAGGUUAUAAUUACCAGAAUUGAAGGUGGGGUCAGUGUAUAAUUUUAUGGAGUUGAUGCAAGAAAUGAAGGGGUAUUCUGAUAGCAGAGAAGAGGAGGAGGAAGAGGAAGUAGCAGAAGAAAUCAUCACAAGAGAAGAAAGCAGCAGUAAGCAAAACUACCCCUUUUCUUCACCCUCUUUCUCUUUAUCUUCUCCUCCUUCAAUAACAAAUUAUACUAGUACUAGUACUACUAUUACACCACCUCAUCAUCAUCACCAUCAUCAUCGUGUAAUAAAUAUUCCUCACCAACAAACUCCAUGGCUGGGGAUGAAUAUUCAUGAUCAUCAUCAGUCACCAGAGGCCACUGAAUCUCACAAUUCAUCAUCUGGGUUAGGGUUAUUACACCAGCACCAAGAUGCAGCAGCAGUAGCAGGUUCCAAUUUCAUCAUCAACAACCACACAAGAAAGCAGCUAGACUUCAUGGACUUGUCUUUGGGGAGCAACAAGGAAGAAGCCAAUUUGCAAGGAUCAGGAGGAGCUGAUUCUGGUGUUUAUGCUCAUGCAACUGCUAGUUCUUCUGCCAAUAGUAAUCACCACCACCACCACCACCAGCAGCCUGCUGAGAAGGAGCACAUGUUUGAUAAAGUUGUGACACCAAGUGAUGUUGGGAAGCUGAACCGGUUGGUGAUUCCAAAGCAGCAUGCUGAGAAGUAUUUCCCUCUUGAUUCCACAACCAAUGAGAAAGGGUUGUUGCUCAAUUUUGAAGAUAGGAAUGGAAAGUUGUGGAGGUUCAGGUACUCCUAUUGGAACAGCAGCCAGAGCUAUGUGAUGACCAAAGGGUGGAGCCGUUUUGUGAAGGAGAAGAAGCUUGAUGCCGGAGACAUUGUGUCCUUCCAGCGUGGUGUUGGGGAAUUGUAUAGGCAUAGGUUGUACAUAGAUUGGAGGAGAAGGCCUGAUCAUCAUCAUCAUCAUCAUGGCCCUGACCCUUCAGCCACACUCUACACACCUUUCUUUCUUCCAAAUCAGCCACACUUAAUGUCUAUGAUAAGAUGGGGUACCACUGGUAGAUUGUACUCACUUCCUUCACCAACCCCUCCACGCCACCAUGACCAUUUGCAACAACAACUCAAUUACAACACCAUGUAUCAUCACCCCUUUCACCAUGCUGGUGGAAAUGGAAGUCACCACUACAACUAUCAUGACAUGAGUUCAGGAUCUGGCUCAGUCUAUUAUCUCAGGUCAACAACACCAUCCAUGCCAAUGCCUGAUCAUCAAAGCUUGAGUACAAGGCAACACCAAGAGGGAGGCAAUAAUGUUUCCCUUUCCCCUAUGAUCAUUGAUUCUGUUCCUGUUGCUCAUCAUCACCAUCACCAUCACCCGCACCAUUCAAGUAGUAGUAAUAGUAGUAGUGCUAGCACUGCAGCAAAACGGCUAAGGCUAUUUGGGGUGAACAUGGAAUGUGCUUCUUCAACAUCAGAAGAUCCCAAAUGUUUCAGCUUAUUGUCCUCAUCUUCGGUGGCACAUAUGGCUAAUUCUAAUUCACUUCCCUCUUCUACUCUACUACCUAUUCAGCGUUUGAGGGAAGACACAAUUUCACCAUCAUCAUCAUCAAGGUUUGGGGAUCGGAGAGGGGAAGCCUCAAUGCUUUUUGAUCUGGACCCUUCUUUGCAAUACCGGCAGUGAUGAAACAAAAUUGAUGAAGAAACAAAUAAUGGAGAAGAUACAAGCUUGAUCUAAAGUUACCUGGGCUAGCUACCACUUUCGUUUGCAGCAUUUUUAUUAUAUUUUAAAUUUUUUUUGCUCUCUUUUUUUCUUUCAUCAGCUACAAAGGAAAGAAAGAGCUCCCAGGCUUUCUUCUUCUCUUCUUUUGAUCAGUAAUUAGUGUUUAGUUUCUGAACUUUUAGUACGUUUAGAACUGCUCAAUGAAUUAAUUAGCUGGGGAUUUGGGCCCUGAACGAAUGGAACGUCCAUCAUUUCACAACCUAAAGAGGGAAAUGAAAUCCAUGGAGAUCAUUUACGUUUAGACCUUGUCUCAAUUGUGUAUAAUACAAUAC